GCGAGCGCCGGCUAGGAGAGCGAGGGCACUGUUGAGCCGAGUGGCCGGACGGCUGGGAUGGGUUCGUGCUAGCGGUUUGAGUUUCCCUCGCCAUGUAAGCGCAGGCUACGGGCGCUCUCCUCUCUCUUCCCUCCUCUGCUGGAUCCGUUCUAAGGGCAGCCCGGCGGGGAUCAUGCGGAGAGCCCCGGCGCCCGGGCUGCUGCUCCCGCCGCCGUCACCGCUGUUGCUGCUGCUGGGUUUUUUGGUACUGGACAGGGGCUGCACGGCGCAAUACUCGAGCGACUUGUGCAGUUGGAGAGGAAGUGGAUUAACUCACGAGUCCCACAGAAAAGAUGUUGAACAAGUCUACCUCCGUUGUUCUGAAGGAACCAUAGAAUGGAUGUAUCCCACCGGAGCAUUGAUCGUCAAUCUGCGACCCAAUAUUAUCUCUUCCUCUUACAAACAUUGGACUGUUUGCAUAAAACCUUAUAAGAACUCUGCAGGAGCAAAUAUUUAUUUGGAAAAAACUGGAGAACUAAAACUACUGGUCCAAGAGGGAGAUCAUAGUCCUACCAGUGUGUAUUGCUUCAACUUUGACCAAGGUGGCCUUUUUGUUGAGGCUACCCCUCAGCAGGACAUUAGUAGGAAGAUUACAGGCUUCCAGUAUGAACUGAUAAGCAAGGGGAUGGCAUCUGAUUUGCACAUGAUUUCUGCCCCCUGCCGACCUUGCAGUGACACGGAAGUUCUCCUGGCUGUCUGCUCCAGUGACUUUGUUGUCAGAGGUACUAUCCAAAGUGUAAUCAAUGAGGAGGAUCAGCAAGAUUCUGUUAUCAGUAUAAACAUCAACAGAAUCUACCGGCAGAAAACAAGGAUCUUCAACUCUGCUGAGGAGAACGGUCGGUGGCAAGGACAGAUCAAGACUCUGCUUCAAUGUGGGGUAAAACCAGGAGAGGGAGACUUCCUCUUCACAGGCAGUAUGCACUUUGGGGAGGUCAGGUUAGGCUGUGCCCCACGUUUCAAAGACUUCCAAAGGAUGUACAAAGAAGCCAAGGACAAAGGACUAAAUCCAUGUGAAAUUGGCCCAGACUGAAACGAUGUUCUUCAGCUGUAGGUUACUCUUAGAGCUCAGCCAGAACUAAUUCUUAGUUGCUGCAGAUCUGCUGAUUUAAAUGGAACUAAUAACAGAGAGGAACCAUCUGAUGUCAGGAACAAAAUAUUCUCCUUUAAAGAGAUCUGUAAGAGGACACUGGAUGAGCAUUGAGUAUGGUGGAUCAUUGAAGUCUAGAGACUCCUUAUUGCUGCUUGGAGGCUGGACUUCUUACAAAUUCCGAGGUACUUCUAACCCUUACGACUAUAAGAACCACACAAGCUGGUCUUCGCGGCCAAUGGCUUGGCUUGCUUAUGGAAUUGACUGAAGUACAAAGCUAGAACACAAUCCCAUAUUUAGUCCAUUUGAACUAAAUUAUUUUUAUAAGUUCCCAGGGGUGGGGAGGAACGAAAUGUGUCACAAUCCAUGUCUUAAAAAUAUCAAUCAACCAAUGAACCUUUGAAUCUUUUGUAAUGCUAAUGUGUAAAAUGUGUUAAGCAGAUGUAGCAUUUUGCAUGGUAUACACAGACGACAAUGUGGUAGAAGCCGGUGAACCCAUUUUAACAUUGAUGCUUUGUUUAAAAAGAAAAAAGGAAAGGAAAAAAAAAAAGGCUUGUUGUACAUUUUUUUAAAAGGUGGUUUCUUAUGACAGGAACUUAUGGAAUUAAACACUUGCUUUUCUUUUUUAAAGAGAGAGAAUGUACAAUUACCACCUGCAGUUUAUGUUCAGAGUGGAUGAGUUGUUUCCAUUCCAGAGAAAUAAAAUGUUCCUGGAUUUGAGCCAAUGUUGUUGUGAUUCCCAUGCUGCUUCUGCCUUCUGCACUUUUAAAUUUAACUGAUUGGUAUCUGCACCAAGGUGGCAAAAAAGCUAUUUUAAGUGCAGAUUUUGUUUAUGUAAAACACUUGCACCACCUUCCAGGGACUGGAAAACUUGCCUUCUAUCUGAAGGCGUUUGAAAAGCUGAUAGCAUCUUGAAUUGUAACACUCUAGUCACUACACCAUACUAGCUUUGGUCAAAUCUGGGCAAUUAAAGAGUGUUGCUCUUCAUUUACAGAAUUUACCUUCUUGUUUAUAAAUGAGGCUUAAUAUUUCAUAAAAUAAUUUCUACAGUGUAGAAAUUAAUGACAAUUGAAAUACGUGAGCAUCCACAGUGGAAUGAAAUACAAAUUUAAUAUAAUGGAGAUGUCUUAGUACAAUCCACUCGUGCCUAAUAUAUAGUUAUUACUACUUUUUCAUUGGGAAUUGAAUUUCCAUUUAUUCUCAGUUCUGUUAUCUUCAUUAAUAUUCUUCCACGCCAGUCAUUCACAUUCUCGGCUUUUGGUGUUUAUUGUGAGGACUAAAAAAAUUGCAGCGAUUAUAUAAAACAAUAGUAAAGAAAUUGAUUAUUUAGUAUUCCACAACCACUUUGAAGGCCUGGGAUAGCCUUUGUACAUUAUAAAGCCAAUAAUUCCUUAUGUGUCCAAUCACACUUGUCCAAUAAAGAAUUCUAUUCUAUUCUAAUUGAUGUAAAGUGGUGUUGCUAUAGAAUAACAACUCAAAAGGUUUUUCUGCAUACUUUUUUCAUUUUUACUUAUACAGUAAUAUAUAUUGAGUCCAAAUAUUCAGGUACUUCCAUUUGACCCUUUUAUAAAUGUAUAUACUCCACUUUUGAUCAAAUGGAUCUCCAGAUUUACUUUGUGCACCUUCAAGUUCAGCAUUGACUCCUGGCAACUGUCUGGUAAAAUCCCUGCAGUUUUCUUGGCAAGAUGUCAGAAGUGGUUUACUUUUGUCUCCUUCUUCCGAGUGCUGAGAGAGUGUGACUGGCCCAAGGUCACCAAGCUGCUGUGUGCCUAAAGUGGACUAGAACUCAUUCUCCCAGUGUCCAACCUGCUGCCCUAAUCACUACACACCAAACUAUAUCUCCCAAAUUAACUUGCAACAGAUUAAAAUAUGUCUAUUACAAUAGUUGCAAAUUGAAAAU